CCUGCGGCGCUAGGAACCGAAAACUUCGGCCUCGUCUCCGCGGGGAAGCUCUCGUGCUGCACACGGCCGCACGCUCCGCACUUCCUCUCUCUGGGAUCAGCCAAUAGAAACUGAAGUGCCUGGCGGCCGGGACUGUCUGUAGACGUGGAGCCCACUGCCAGUCACCCUUGGGAAGGCGGGACUUCCUUCAAGAACUGGAAGCCUGACCAGAAGGCUGGGCUACGCGGCCCGGUCUGAGCGCCUGGGCGACCCUGGCGGCGCUGGCACCCGGCGGCUGGGUGUGGAGGGCUGCUGUCAGGCGCGGGUCACUGCUGUAAACCCCAGAACCGCCCAGAGUUGCCGUGCCCUCCAGGCCCAACAUGCCCAUCUCCUGGCCUCGGCUCGCACAUCUCCGGCACGUCCUCGGUCGUCCUUCACUGCGGGGCUCGGCGUCCUGGACGCGCUUACUCAGUUUCUCUCCGCUCGCCAGGCUAUGUGCACGCCAGGGCAGCGGUGCAGGGUCCUUGGCCCCCGGGGGCACCAUCUUUGCGCUCAGCUCUGGCCAGGGCCGCUGUGCCAUCGCCGUGAUCCGCACCAGCGGCCCGGCCAGCGGGCUCGCGCUCCGCAGCCUCACGGCGGCCCAGGAGCCACCUCCAGCCCGCAGCGCCUGCCUGCGCCUCCUCCGCCACCCGCGAUCCGGGGAGCCACUGGACCGCGCGCUCGUCCUGUGGUUCCCAGGCCCCCAGAGUUUCACCGGUGAGGACUGCGUGGAGUUGCACGUCCACGGAGGUUCUGCGGUAGUCAGCGGAGUUCUGCAGGCGUUGGGUAGUGUGCCAGGACUGCGGCCGGCUGAAGCUGGGGAGUUCACCAGAAGAGCAUUUGCACACGGAAAGCUGAGCCUGGCUGAGGUGGAGGGACUGGCAGAUCUGAUCCACGCAGAAACUGAGGCCCAGCGGCGCCAGGCCCUGAGGCAGCUGGAUGGGGAACUGGGCCAACUGUGUCAAGGCUGGGUGAAGACCCUUAAUAAGGCACUGGCCCAUGUGGAGGCUUAUAUUGACUUCGGAGAGGAUGACAAUUUGGAGGAGGGUGUGUUGGAACAGGCUGACAGAGAUGUCCGAGCCCUGGAGGCAGCACUCCGCUCCCACCUGUGGGAUGCCAGACGUGGGCAGAGGCUCCGGUCAGGGGUACACGUCGUGGUCACUGGCCCCCCCAAUGCGGGCAAGAGCAGUUUGGUGAAUCUUCUCAGCCGGAAACCUGUGUCCAUCGUGUCCCCAGAGCCGGGGACUACCCGUGAUGUUCUGGAGACCCCCGUGGACCUGGCUGGCUUCCCUGCGUUGCUGAGCGACACCGCUGGGCUCCGGGAAGGCGUGGGCGCAGCUGAACAGGAAGGUGUGCGCAGGGCGCGCCAGAGGCUGGAGCAGGCUGACAUCAUACUGGGGGUACUGGAUGCCUCCGACCUGGCCUCCCCCUCCAGCUGCAGCUUUCUGAACACUGUGGUGGCCCCGCUGGUGACUCGAAGCCCCGACAGCAGCAGGCAGCGCCUCCUGCUGCUGCUCAACAAAUCGGACCUGCUGUCCACUAAUGCCUCACCCAUGGACACCACCCUACCUCCACACGUGCUGUUGUCCUGCCGCACUGGAGCCGGCCUAGACAGCCUCCUGCAGGCCCUCAAGACGGAGCUGGCUAUGGUGUGUGGGGACCCAUUCACAGGAGCUCCAGUGCUGACCCGGGCUAGGCACCAGCACCACCUUCAGGGCUGCCUGGAUGCCCUGGGACAUUUCCAGCUUGACACAGACCUGGCUCUGGCAGCUGAGGCCCUGCGCCAAGCUCGGAGACACCUGAGCCACCUCACUGGUGGAGGGGGAACCGAGGAGAUCCUGGACCUCAUCUUCCAGGACUUCUGUGUGGGCAAGUGAGGUCCAGAGCCUGGGACUCGGCCUCAGAAGGUCUUGAUUCAAGAUGGCAGAGGCAGCAGAGGGCAGGAGAGAUCACUGGGGUCCUGUUCCCUCCACAGUGAGGAGAGACUGGUCAGGGAUCCAAGGACUGCCACUUCCCACCCCCAACCUCAUGUUAGGAUUAAGGCCUACCUCACCAUACCAACUGUUUGUAUGUAGUGCUAGAGAUAAAAACCAAUGAGUGUUAAGUGCUGAGCCACGGCCCCUGCUCCUUACUGGGAAAUUCUAAACAAGGGCUCCACAGCCCUGAACCACAUUCCCCAGUCCCUCACUGGGGUAUUCUAGGCAAGGGGCUCCAUCUCUGAGCCACAUCCUUGGCUUCAUAAAGGUUUCAUUGGUGGUGGUGGGUUUUGUUUUGGUUGGUUGGUUUGGUUUUUUGAGACAAGGCUUCUCAGUGUAGCCUUGGCUGUCCUGAAACUCACUCUGUAGACCUGGCUGGCCUCAAACUCAGACAUCCACCUGCAUCUGUCUCCUGAGUGCUGGACUAAAGAUGUGCACCACCACGCCAGGAUCAUACAGGAUCAUAGCUGUAUUUUUAAAUUCCAAAGGAGUAUGAAGAGUUCGGGUAAUCCAGAAAUGUUUGUUUACAAGGAUCUGUCAGCCUUACCUUCCAGAACUUUGCCUAAGUGUUUCUGUCUGUGGCAUCAUAAAGUGUGUGUGUGGUGUGUGUGUGUGUUUCACUUCUGUAGCAGCAUGUAUUAUCUGUAAUAAGUUCUGCUGUGACAUUUUAUCUGAGUAUCUAAUGUGUUCUCAUCAUGUCUUUACCCAUAUCUCGCCCUGUCUCCACUCCCAAUCCUGCUCAUUUUCUCCUAAACUCAAAUUGUCCAGUCAGUAGCUACACCAUUAAAGAAAAUGUCCUACACACA